AUGUCUUCAUUCUCCAAAAAGAUGAGGGGGAGCUUGAUGCUCCUUGCCCUCGCUGCCAGCAAUGCGUCUGCCACCUACACCGGCUUCGCUACAUUGAAGACACUGUUCACUUUCGGAGACUCGUACACGCGGACCGCCUUCGUCGUUGACCGGGCCCAGCCAUCGGAAUCAAACCCAUUCGGAAAUCCCACCUACCCCGGUCCUACCAGUUCCAACGGAGAGAAUUGGAUUCAGUACUUGACGACGAAGUACAACGAGUCGCUCCUUCUCACGUACAACUUCGCCACCAGCGGCGCAACCGUCAACACUAGCCUGGUGUCUUCGAGCGUCGAUGUGGUCACGCAGGUCGAGGACAAGUUUCUUCCCUACUACAGCGGUGACUACCAGACUUGGGACCCUACAACCACGCUCUUCGGAUUUUGGAUUGGCAUCAAUGAUGUAGGAAAGUCUUACACCAGCGAGAACUCGACUGAUCUUCAUCCGCUCAUCUUCGACGAGUACAAAGGGCUUCUCGAGAAGCUCUAUGACGCUGGAGCGAGGAACUAUCUGUUUCUCAAUGUGCCGCCCCUCGAACGAAUGCCGCGAACUACUCAAUCAAGCGCAGCAGACACCCGUAUUCCGCUCGAGAAAGCAGCCGUGGAGGACUGGAACGGGCGUGUCAGUGACCUGGCAGGAGAUCUGAGAAAGACACAUGAAGAUGCGACGGUCUUUCUGUACGAUACCUACGGGCUCUUUGACAGAGUCAUCGAUACCCCUGACCGGUACACGGAGACGGCUGUCUACAAGAACACCACAACCUACUGUUCGGCGUAUCAGAAUGGUACACCGGAGCCGGAUACCAAAUGGGACAAUUGUACUUACGCCGCGAAUGAGUACAUGUGGAUCAACAGCCUUCAUCCGACAGAUCCCGUUCAUUCUCUCCUAGCGAAGAACGUUGCAAAGUUGUUGGCUUAG